AUGAGGAACCUAGUAUUCUUUCUGACCCACUCGGGCUUCGCCUCAGCUGCAGGCUAUACCGUAAGCGUUAACGUCGUCGAUAUAGCGGUCAUCCGAGCACCAAACCUCUCCCCAUCAAUUCGUCUAUUUAUGUUUCUACGUCCCAUAUCAUUCAGUACUAUAACCCCAAUAGCAGCUUUAAUAUAAACUUAAAAUAGCCUAAACGAUUUGUUUUCGAACCAGAGGCAUGAAAUCGAAGAACUGUUGCCUCAAGCGUUUUCCAGUGGUGCCAGAGUCAGACUAACAUGCAAUGCGUUCUGGGUAACUCUGAGGCUGAAACAGACAACAGGUGUUUGUGUUGCUCUCUGAACUCAAAUACACCUCUGGUAAUCGGACCAGACACAUACACACACUUCUCUGCACUUCCUCAACAAAGAGGACAUGACCAGCUUCUCUCUCGGCGUCUGACAGAGUGGACCAUUUUGAGUUUCCGAAGGAUUAAAAUACAGUGUUUUGUUGGGGUUGCCACAUAGGCGCCAUCUUAGAUAUUACAUUAAGAUUAGACUCGUCCCUCCCAGGGCCCAUAUGUCAGGAUUCAGGACACUCACAAUGACUGAUUCAAGACAGAGGAUCCAUAUGCAUUAGCUGGUCCGUUGGACCGCAGUCCAGUCCCAGGCAGAGGCUGGAGGCUGGACAAUAGGUUGUUCUCUGAGGAGAAAGAGGCCUCUGUUUAGCAAGGCUUGACACACAGUGAGAGGUUGGAGAAAGCGAGGGAGAGAGAGAGAGAUGUUGAGAGAGGGAGGCUGGAGAGAGCGAGGGAGAGGGAAAGCGCGAGAGAGAGAGAGAGAGAUGUUGAGAGAGGGAGGCUGGAGAAAGCGAGGGAGAGGGAAAGCGAGAGAGAGAGAGAGAGAUGUUGAGAGAGGGAGUCUGGAGAGAGAGAGACGGGCAUAGUUGUGGUUGUGAAGAGGUGUUCUGUUCUGCCUCUUGUUCCACAGUAUUUCUAUAUAUUAUACAGUAGCAACAUGCGACUAUAGAAUGGCAGAUAUAGCCUGAUUAGAUGCAUAUAUAACAAACUAGGGCUACUAAGGUAGCAGUGGUUUUGGUGUAUCUGUAAAACCACAAUGGUUCAACCCACAUCCUAACAAUACCUGUUUAGGCCUAUAUUGUACACUCCCCUCAAUACACACGGAGUGUACAAAACAUUAGGAACACCUUGCACCCCCUUUUGCCCUCAGAACAGACUCAACUCUACAAGGUGUCAAGCGUUCCACAGGGAUGCUGGCCCAUGUUGACUCCAAUGCUUCCCACAGCUGUGUCAAGUUGGCUGGAUGUCCUUUGGGUGAUGGACAAUUCUUGAAACACAGGAAACUGUUGAGCGUGAAAAACCCAUCAGCGUUGCAGUACUUGACACUCAAACUGGUGCACCUGGCACCUACUACCAUAUCCCGUUCAAGACACUUAAAUAUUUGGUCUUGCCCAUUCACUCUCUGAAUGGCACACAUACACAAUCCAUGUCUCAAUUGUCUCAAGGCUUAAAAAUCCUUCUUUAACCUGUCUCCUCCCCUUCAUCUACAAUGAUUGAAUUAGAUUUAACAGGUGACAUCAAUAAGGGAUCAUAGCUUUCACCUGGAUUCACCUGGUCAGUCUAUGUCAUGGAAAGUGUGGGGUGUUCCUAAUGUUUUGUACACUCAGUGUAUUUGGACAAUGAAGCUAAAAUGUUGUGGCUCUAUGCUCCAGCAUUUUGGCUUUGAGAUCAAAUGUUUCAUAUGAGGCGACAGUACAGAAUGUCACCUUUUAUUUAUGGGUAUUUUCAUACAUAUCUAUUUGACCGUUUAGAAAUUAAAGCACUUUAUGUUCAGUACAUGACCAAAAGUAUGUGGACACCUGCUUGUCGAACAUCUCAUUCCAAAAUCAUGGGCAUUAAUAUGGAGUUGGUCCCCCUUUUGCUGCUAUAACAGCCUCCACUCUUCUGGGAAGGCUUUCCACUACAGUGAGGGAAAAAAGGAUUUGAUCCCCUGCUGAUUUUGUAAGUUGGCCCACUGACAAAGAAAUGACCAGUCUAUAAUUUUAAUGGUAGGUUUAUUUGAACAGUGAGAGACAGAAUAACAACAACAAAAAUCCAGAAAAACGCAUGUCAAAAAUGUUAUAUAUUGAUUUGCAUUUUAAUGAGGGAAAUAAGUAUUUGACCCCCUCUCAAUCAGAAAGAUUUCUGGCUCCCAGGUGUCUUUUAUACAGGUAACGAGCUGAGAUUAGGAGCACACUCUUAAAGGGAGUGCUCCUAAUCUCAGCUUGUUACCUGUAUAAACGACACCUGUCCACAGAAGCAAUCAAUCAAUCAGAUUCCAAACUCUCCACCAUGGCCAAGACCAAAGAGCUCUCCAAGGAUGUCAGGGACAAGAUUGUAGACCUACACAAGGCUGGAAUGGGCUACAAGACCAUCGCCAAGCAGCUUGGUGAGAAGGUGACAACAGUUGGUGCGAUUAUUCGCAAAUGGAAGAAACACAAAAUAACUGUCAAUCUCCCUCGGUCUGGGGCUCCAUGCAAGAUCUCACCUCGUGGAGUUACAAUGAUCAUAAGAACGGUGAGGAAUCAGCCCAGAACUACACGGGAGGAUCUUGUCAAUGAUCUCAAGGCAGCUGGGACCAUAGUCACCAAGAAAAUAAUUGGUAACACACUACACCGUGAAGGACUGAAAUCCUGCAGCGCCCGCAAGGUCCCCCUGCUCAAGAAAGCACAUAUACAGGGCCGUCUGAAGUUUGCCAAUGAACAUCUGAAUGAUUCAGAGGAGAACUGGGUGAAAGUGUUGUGGUCAGAUGAGACCAAAAUCGAGCUCUUUGUCAUCAACUCAACUCGCCGUGUUUGGAGGAGGAGGAAUGCUGCCUAUGACCCCAAGAACACCAUCCCCACCAUCAAACAUGGAGGUGGAAACAUUAUGCUUUGGGGGUGUUUUUCUGCUAAGGGGACAGGACAACUUCACCGCAUCAAAGGGACGAUGGACGGGGCCAUGUACCGUCAAAUCUUGGGUGAGAACCUCCUUCCCUCAGCCAGGGCAUUGAAAAUGGGUCGUGGAUGGGUAUUCCAGCAUGACAAUGACCCAAAACACACGGCCAAGGCAACAAAGGAGUGGAUCAAGAAGAAGCACAUUAAGGUCCUGGAGUGGCCUAGCCAGUCUCCAGACCUUAAUCCCAUAGAAAAUCUGUGGAGGGAGCUGAAGGUUCGAGUUGCCAAACGUCAGCCUCGAAACCUUAAUGACUUGGAGAAGAUCUGCAAAGAGGAGUGGGACAAAAUCCCUCCUGAGAUGUGUGCAAACCUGGUGGCCAACUACAAGAAACGUCUGACCUCUGUGAUUGCCCACAAGGGUUUUGCCACCAAAUACUAAGUAAUGUUUUGCAGAGAGGUCAAAUACUUAUUUCCCUCAUUAAAAUGCAAAUCAUUUUAUAACAUUUUUGACAUGCGUUUUUCUGGAUUUUUUAAAUGUUAUUCUGUCUCUCACUGUUCAAAUAAACCUACCAUUAAAAUUAUAGACUGAUCAUGUCUUUGUCAGUGGGCAAACGUACAAAAUCAGCAGGGGAUCAAAUACUUUUUUCCCUCACUGUAGAUGUUGGAACAUUGCUGCGUGGACUUGCUUCCAUUCAGCCGCAAGAGCAUUAGUGAGGUCGGGCACUGAUGUUGGGCAAUUAGGCCUGGCUCGCAGUCGGCAUUCCAAUUCAUCCCAAAGGUGUUCGAUGGGGUUGAGAUCAGGGCUCUGUGCAGGCCAGUCAAGUUCUUCCACACCGAUCUCGACAAACCAUUUCUGUAUGGACCUCGCUUUGUGCACGGGGGCAUUGUCAUGCUGAAACAGGAAAUGGCCUUCCCCAAACUGUUGCCACAAAGUUGUAAGCACAGAAUUGUCUAGAAUUUCAUUGUAUGCUGUAAGAUUUUCCUUCACUAGAGCUAAGGGGCCUAGCCCGAACGAUGAAAAACAGCCCCAGACCAUUAUUGCUCCUCCACCAACCUUUAGAGUUGGCACUAUGCAUUGGGGCAGGUAGCGUUCUCCUGGCAUCUGCCAAACCCAGAUUCAUCCGUCGGACUUCCAGAUGGUAAAAACGAGAUUCAUUACUCCAGAGAAUGCAUUUCCACUGCUCCAGAGUCCAAUGGCGGCGAGCUUUAUACCACUCCAGCUGACACUUGGCAUUGCGCCUGGUGAUCUUAGGCUUGGGUGCGGCUGCUCGGCCUUGGAAAAACAUUUCAUGAAGCUCUCGACGAACAGUUCUUGUGCUGACGUUGCUUCCAGAGGCAGUUUGGAACUCAGUAGUGUGUUGCAACCGAGGACAGACGAUUUUUACACGCUACGUGUUUCAGCACUCGGCGGUCCCGUUCUGUGAGCUUGUGUGGCCUACCACUUUUGCGGAUGAGCCGUUGUUGCUCACAGACGUUUCCACUUCACAAUAACAGCACUUACAGUUGACCAGGGCAGCUCUAGAAGGGAAGAAAUCUGACGAACUGACUUGUUGGUGGAAAGGUGGCAUCCUAUGACGGUGCCACGUUGAAUGUCACUGAGCUCUUCAGUAAGGUCAUUCUACUGCCAAUGUUUGUCUUUGGCGAUUGCACGGCUGUGGGCUCGAUUUUAUACACCUGUCAGCAACGGGUGUGGCUGAAAUAGCUGAAUCCACCCUUUGAAGGGGUGUCCACAUACUUUUCUAUAUAUAGUGUAUCUAGUCCCCCCAUGUGAAGAAGUCAUAAGUAUUUGGACAAAUUGUGUAUCAAAGUAGUCAAAGGUUGAGUAUCUUUUCUCAUAUUUCUUGCACGCAAUGACUACGUCAAGCUUGUGACUCUACAAACUCGUUGGAUGCUUUUGCAGUUGGUUUGGGUUGUGUUUUGGGUUGUGUUUUGGGUUGUGUUUUGCCCAAUAGUAACUGAUUGGUGAAUGAUGACUGGAGUAAUUUUUGUAUUAGUAUGCUUUUGUUGUGGCCUUGUAAAACACAUCUAACCCUUGUGUGGCACUAUAAAUGUUGUAUGAACACAAAGUUCAGAGGUUGAGCAAUCUGGUGUUACUAAAUAUAGGCUACCAAGAGCUUGAUACAAAAUACCAAAAUACGUGUACUGACAGUGACAGGAAUGAAAAGAGGAAGCAUUGAGCUGAAUGUGUCUAUCUGAAUGUGUGUGUGGUUGUGUGUGUGUGUGUGUGUGUGUGUGUGUGUGUGUGUGUGUGUGUCUUUUUGUUUGUGUGUGUGUGUGUAUGUCAAAACAACUUAACCAGCCUGUUUCUCUAACCCGUACCUUUUCAAUGUUUCACCUGACAGACGGUCAUGAGGCAGGCGGGUAGCUGCCAUGAAAAAUGUAUGCGCUCACUAACUGUACGUCGCUCUGGAUAAGAGCGUCUGCUAAAUGACUAAAAUGUAAAACACGUAGCCUUGUCUCUAACCCGUACCUUCUCAAUGUUUCACCUGACAGACGGUCAUGAGGCAGGCGGGUAGCUGCCAUGUAACUUUAUCAUGCAAUACGUAACCUUGCGUUGAAAUGUUAUGUAAGAUUGAAAGACUGGUUAGUCUGGUUGGGUCACCACCACACACCCAAAACCACGUGUUUAGUGAUUGUUAGCCUGCCUGCUGGUCUGAGAACCAGCCAACUGUGUUGCAGUUCACUGAUGAAGGAAAAGUCUGUGUUGUUGUUCUAUCUGUCCUUACCUCACAUCGUGUCGUUCCAAAUGGCAUCAUAUUUCCUUUAUAGUGCUCUACUUCUUGUGGGUCCUGGUGAAAGUAGUGCACUAUAAAGGGCAUAGGGUGUAAUUUGGGACACAAGCUGUAUUUAAAGUACAUUGACCAAGGGUUAGUUAAGUUACAACACUCUCCUACAGUCAUAUGUUCUAUGAUGUCUGGGUUCACCUUCAUAAUCAGUGUUGCAAAAGGUCAGUCUAAGAGUAUGUGCUGUUGUGAACCCGCAUUGAUCAAGGAUUAGCAGAUUGCUGUUAGGUUUGACUUUCCUUGUAACUGGAUCAUUCUAUGGUUUCCGCCAUUUCACCUCACAUGGCCUUCGUUAAAAAUAGUUAACACUUACAGAAGUGUUAAAGCUUAUUUUUUAUUUUUUAUUAUGAAGUUUAAUAUUUACACAUCAUGUAAUAUUCUCACACAAGGUUUUGCAAAGAUGGUCCACUUCAACUUUGUUAGCUCUGUAACAGGCUGUACUUUAGUGAAGGUCAUGUGAACAGCACACUGCAAAUCUGGCAACAAGCUGGCAACAAAAACCCUAAUCCCAACCAAUAUUAAUUGAGCGAUUUAGCGAUUUCUUAAAUGUAGGCCUAUGUUUGUUUCUAGUCAGUUGUGGUGUAGAUUCUAGCUCUUAGUUUCCAGUGCCAGCAUCGUAUGUAAAUAUCUGAUUAGUACCACUGUUUCACUUCCCUAAAAUACUUAGACUCCAACUAGAUCAGCCUGAUAAGUGUGUGCUGACACCAUAGGAAAAUAGUGCAUUACAGUAAAACAAAAAAAAACACUUACUAGCAGUGAGGGGAAUUGCAUGUGUUCAUGUCAUAGGAACUUGAAAAGGAUGAGUUAACUUGAUGCCAUAGGAACUUGAAAAGGAUGAGUUGACUUGAUGCCAUAUGAAUUUGAAAAGAAUUAGUUGACUUGAUGCCACAGGAACUUGAAAAGGAUGAGUUGACUUUGAUGCCAUAUGAAUUUGAAAAGAAUUAGUUGACUUGAUGCCACAGGAACUUGAAAAGGAUGAGUUGACUUGAUGACAUAGACAAAUAAUAACAAUGAGUUUUACAACCAAAUAAUUGCAGCAUUACUGCAAAAAUGGAAGAGGAAAGUGGAAGGAGGAAAAAGUAAGGAACGUGUCUGUAGGCCUUGCAUUAAAGAACAUAAUUGGUUAAAGAAAAUUGUGAUAAAUAAAAUGUUUUACCAGUUUCAUUUAAGGACCAAAAGAUUGACAGCCGUCCCAUAUAGAUUGCAAAAUAGUUGGGAAGAGAUUUUUGACGCACCGAUUCCACGGCAUAGUGUUUAUGAACUGAUACACAAAACGACGCCGGAUUCAAAACUUAGAAUUUUUCAAUUUAAAUUAUUAUAUAAAAUUCUUGCUACCAAUAGAAUGUUAUUUGUAUGGGGGAUACAAUAUUGUCAUAGGAAAAUAUGUACAUUGUGUUGUCAUAGGAAAAUAUGUACAUUGUGUUGUCAUAGGAAAAGAUGUACAUUGUGUUGUCAUAGGAAAAUAUGUACAUUGUGUUGAUGACAUCGACAAAUAAUAACAAUGAGUUGAUGUCAUAGGAAAAUAAGUACAUUGUGUUGAUGUCAUAGGAAAAUAAUUACAUUGUGUUGAUGCCUUAGGAAAAUGGUACAUUACAGUAAAACCAAUGACUAGCUACUUUCUAGUAGAGGUUUUCUGUGGUGUGGUGCGGUCAUGAGAAACAUGUUGGUGCCAUAGGUGAGUGGUGUAUCAGCACAGGAAAACGCAUGGGUUACUGUCUAGUACAGUAGGGGGGACUUUCUGAGUGUGUUGCUGGGUGUAUGUGUUUCUUACUCGGUCGUUAUCUUUGACCUAGAUGUACAGGCUCCAUUUCUCAUCAUCAUAACACAUGGCCAUCAUCCUGUCAUCUGGACGCUACAGCGUAAACAAAUUAGGAGCUGGGUCCCAAAAUAUAACAGAGGUGCCAAAUAAGGGCUUUACACACACACACACACACUCACACACACACACUCACACAAUAAGAGAGCGCACCCGCAGAAAAUAGGUAUUUGGAACACAUAUUUGGAAUAGCCUUUGUGUUUGGUAUCAUGAGUGAGACAGUUCCUCAUUCCCAGUAAACAUCCUUUUGGUUCUGAAGUGUCUGAUUGCCUUGCAGUUCUGUAGUUCAGGCAGGUUUAAGCAGAUUCAUAAACGAUUUAUAAACUCAUAAUUACCAGUUUAUAAACUACUUACAAACCCUUUAUGAAUCCUUUAUUAAGUAUACCUUAUGUAAAGUGUUACUAAAUUCACUGUGUGGUGGGGCUGGGUACUGUGACAGCAAGAAGAACAUCUUCCAUUGUCACUGUAUAAUGGGUCAAUAAAGAUGUGUUGUUUUGUGUAACAUUGUAUUCCUUCGAUUGUCUGUCUGACUGAAGGUUCUAUGGCAAAUGUCCUCCACUUUAUGUAAAGUGUUACCAAAUCCAUUUCUCUGUCUGGCGGAGUUUGUGACUAUAAAGGGAUUGAUUGAUUGAUUGUCUGCCUGAUGGUUCUGUGGUCGUGUUCCCUCCAGGCGGAACGGAGCAGUGGUGAUGGGAACAGCCUGAACAUUCCGGAGUCGAUGCGUCGAGGCAGCUCAGAGAACAACCUAGAUCUGGAUCUGAGCGGCAUCCCAGAUUCCCAACGCUACCUAGACUCCUCCCACCGCAGCUUAGACUCCUCCUACCGCUCCCUGCCCCCCGGACUCAACAGCCUGCAGCAGAAGAUCCUCCGGGUAAAUUAGGAAGUCCUCAAUGAAUCACAUAUGGACUUUAUUUUAUUUUUUCAUUGACUGUCUUGUUGGUAUUGAUAUGAUUAUCAUGAUAUGUCUUAAUGUAUAACAAAAUGUCCUUUUGGGGAUAAUAAAGCCAUGAUCUUAUUUUAGGUGACUGAGGAGUUGAAGAUUGAGCAGGAGGCGCGUGACGACAAUGUGGCUGAAUACCUGAAAUUGGUGAACAGUGCCGACAAGCAGCAGGUGUAUAACUAAACUUUUUCUUACCCUGACUUAACACUUUUCAUUUCUUGCUAGCACUGAUUUUGCUGCAUAUGGUGGCUAUACUGAAGAAAGUUUCACUUGCGAUGAUUGCAAUAAGUGUAUGUUAAACCUACCUAUGAUGAUCGCAAGUCACUCUGGAUAAGAGCGUCUGAUUGCUAAAUGUCUAAUUAUGUAAAUGUAAAACAAAUGCAGGUGGGGCGCAUCAAGCAGGUGUUUGAGAAGAAGAACCAGAAGUCAGCCCACAGGUACUGUUUUAUAUUUAAGCAGUAAGGCCCGAAAGGGUGUGAGAUAUGGCCAAUAUACCACGGCUAAGGGCUGUUCUUAUGGAUACAGCCUUUAGCCAUGGUAUAUUGGCAAUAUACCACAUUAGAGACUGCUGCCUAUAGACAUAGACUAGAAAUCACUGGCCACUUUAAGAAAUGGAACACUAGCCACUUUAAUAAUGUUGACAUAUCUUGCAUUACUCAUCUCAUAUGUAUAUACUGUAUUCUAUACUAUUCUACGGUAUCUUAGUCACUUUAAUAAUGUUGACAUAUCUUGCAUUAAUCAUCUCAUAUGUAUAUACUGUAUUCUAUGCUAUUCUACUGCAUCUUAGUCCAUGCCGCUCUGACAUCACUCGUCCAUAUAUGUAUAUAUGUAUUCUUAAUUAAUUCCUUACUUAGAUUUGGGUGUAUUGGGUAUGUGUUGUGAAAUUGUUGGAUAUUACUUGUUAGAUAUUACUGCACUGUCGAAACUAGAAGCACAAGCAUUUCGCUACAACCGCAAUAACAUCUGCUAAACACGUGUAUGUGACCAAUAAAACUUGAUUUGAUUUGCUAUUAUAAACUGGUUACCAAUGUAAUUAGAACCGUAAAAAUAGAUGUUUUAUCAUUUCAGCCAAUCAGCAUUCAGGGAUCGAACCACGCAGUUUAUAAUACCUCUUUGUAACCUUGUUUUUUUGUGAAGUGCUGUUGUGACUUUGGGUAAAAUGCACUUUAAAUCCAAUUAUAAACUGGGUGGUUCGAGCCUUGAAUGCUGAUUGGCUGACAACUGUGGUAUAUCAGACCGUAUACCACGGGUAUGACAAAUGUACUGAAUACUCAGGAAGAAAAAGUUGUAGAUUCACGCGCAGAGCGCGGCAGGUGUUUAUUUCACCUUCGCAGAAGACAGGAAUCGUGGUCACAGGCAGGCAAUGGUCAUACACAGGCAGGCAAACAGGCAGGUGAAACAAAACUAGGACUGAAGGCUGAAACUGGUGCUCACAAACGAGCUAGGAAAAGGCUUAGUGGAGUCAAAACGAACAAUACCUCACAAGGCACAAACAGAAAGAACUGAACUAAAUAAGGAGCUGAUGAGACCAGGUGAGUAACUAACACAGGUGAAAUCAAUGAACAAAAAUGAAAGACAGGGCUACGUUCAAGAACACAAAGAAACAGGGCUACGUUCAAGAACACAAAGAAACAGGGCUACGUUCAAGAACACAAAGAAACAGGACUACGUUCAAGAACACAAAGAAACAGGACUACGUUCAAGAACACAAAGAAACAGGGCUACGUUCAAGAACACAAAGAAACAGGGCUACGUUCAAGAACACAAGGUGAACUAAGAAAAUAAAUACAGAACCUUACAACAAAACAUGUGUUUUUACUGUUCUAAUUACGUUGGUAACCAGUUUAUAAUAGCAAUAAGGCACCUCUGGGGUUUGUGGUAUAUGGCCAAUAUACCACGGCUAAGGGCUGUAUCCAGGCACUCCGCGUUGCGUUGUGCAAUAUAUCACACCCCCUCAGGCCUUAUUGCUUAAAUAACUAUAUGUCAGAAGUAUGUUGAAUACUUACAGUGGUCUUGCAGAAGCAAUCACACCAAUACACUUGAAAACAUUCCCAGCUUCUCGAUACCUCUUUUUUAACCAUACCCGACCAUGCAUUUUAUACCCUUUUUUUUGUGGAUUGUGUUGUGACACUGUGUAAAAUGCACUUUAAAAUGCAAAUAAACGUGAAGACCUCACCCACAGCAUUGCCAACAUGCAAAAGAAGUUGGAGCAGUAUCAUAAGAAGAUGAAGGACAGCAGUGAGAAGGAUGCCAGCUCCAAACACCACAGCAGCCCCAAGGACACCUCCAAGGACAGGCUGAGCCUCACUAUGAGCAACGUGAGCAGUGGUAGUGGACGACAUCCCACGGACAAGAUCAAGACUGUGGGGCCCGGCGUCUCACUCUCACCUCCGUUCUUCUUCAGCAAGCCCCGGGACUUUGCCAACCUCCUUAGGUACUGAUGCAGGGCUGCCGCAUGCUUUCAAUGUGCCCCAACCGUGUGUGUGUGUGUGUGUGUGUGUGUGUGUGUGUGUGUGUGUGUGUGUGUGUGUGUGUGUGUGUGUGUGUGUGGUGUGUGGGGAUACAGAUUUAUCAGGCCACCAUACAUUGACAUCUGUGUGUGCGUGUGUGUGAGAGCUAACAAAGUGAUAACCCCCUGGGAUUGAUUCUGGGUCUCAGACAGAAGAGACAGCUUGUCUUACCGUCUUACCAAGCCCUCAGUGGCCUUAGUGGAUAUGGAUUCAUCAUGUCACCAUACAUUGACGAUAGAUAAUAAAAGUUCAUUUUCUUCUUCAGGAACAAGUUUGGCAGUGCCGACAACAUCGCCCACCUCAAGACCUCCCUGGAUACGCCCUCUUCCUUCCACUCUGAAGGCGCUGGGCGGGGCCUGAGCGGCAGUGCCACCAUAGUGGAUGGGAAGACCGUGACCCCCGCAGCCACAACGACCCCCAAGUACACCAGCGACGACGAGUGUUCCUCUGGCACAUCCCUGUCUGCGGACAGCAACGGGAACACCGUGGCUCUUGGGGUUGGCCUGGGCGUAGAAGGGGGUUUGGGGGCUGCAGUGACCCCUGGACAGAGCCUGGAGGCUGGGGACGGCCAGGGGAGGCUUGGCCUGACCAUGGAGGAGGCGAGGGAGAUCAGGGAGGCCCAGGGGCAGCUGGAGGAGGACAUGGAGGCACUAAGGACCCAGUUCAAGAAAGACUACGGCUUCAUCACCCAAACGUUACAGGAGGAGAGAUACAGGUAUGUUUACAUGGCAGCAAUUGGAUCACAUUACAGAGUGUUAUAGGAAUGUUGUAGGAAUGUUAUAGGAAUGUUACAGGAGGUGAGCUACAGGUCAGAACACACAGCAUUGUGAACCUCCAUUAAAGGAACAACAUGGCUGGCAUGCUGAGCACCUUCAGAUGGUGUUAGGCCUCUAUCUGCCAAGCUGUUUAUUUGGCUGUUUUGUUUUGCUUGUCUUCAGUGGCUCUAUGUACCUAAAUUGCCAGUGAAUGACCAAUCACCAUUGUGUAUACAUUUGUAUAUCCUGGUAGGUAUGAGUGAAUGACCAAUCACCAUUGUAUAUACAUUCCUAUUUCCAGGUAGGUAUGAGUGAAUUACCAAUUCUUCUUCUAUUUCCUUGUAGGUAUGAGCGGUUGGAGGACCAGCUGAAUGACCUGACAGAGCUCCACCAGGCGGAAACAGCCGACCUGAAACAGGAGCUGGCAAGCAUCGAGGAGAGAGUAGCCUACCAGGCCUACGAGAGAGCCAGAGAUUAC